GGCCGCGCAGUGGCCGGUCGAGCACCGACCGGAACAGAGCAUUCCCAUUUCUUCGGCUGCACCUCGGCAUCGCGCGGCUCUCUCAGUCGACGGGUUCCUCAGUGCACGGCCACACCACCUAGGGAGCGUCAUGACUCCACCUUUCCUUCUCCUCCUCUCGUUGCUCUCCGGAAUCACCGCCCGGGCCGAGGACUUUGGCUACGAAGGACCCCACGGUCCGUCGCACUGGGGACAAGAAUACGACAGCUGCGUGGGAAAACAUCAGUCUCCAAUUAACAUAGAAGAGCACCAUGUGAGGAACGUCUCGUUACCUCCUCUGAGCUUUUACGGUCUCGACGUUCCUCGUUCCGCGUUCAUCGUGAACAACGGUCACACGGUUAUGCUGAAGCUGAAUCAUUCCGAGUACGCUCAGAUAUCGGGAGGACCCCUGGGCAACAGGAGUUACGUUUUCGAGCAGCUGCACUUCCACUGGGGGAAGAAUGACUGGGAAGGAUCCGAAGACCUCAUAAACAAUCAUUCGUUCGCCAUGGAGCUCCACGUUGUCUUUUUCCGGUUGGAUUAUGGCAACAUGGAGGAAGCCGUUAAUCACCCCGACGGACUCGUGGUCCUUGCCUACUUCUUCGAGGCACUCGAUGAGUCGAAUCCAACUUACGAGGGGAUCGUGAAAGCCUUGCCAAGCGUGGAGACGGUCGGUGCCAUGGGUAAACUCAAGCAACCGUUGAUAUUGGAAGAUCUUUUGGUACCUAAGGUCGCGGAUCUACACAAUUACUUCACUUACGAUGGAUCUCUAACGACUCCACCUUGCUCGGAAGUUGUCACGUGGAUUGACUUCAAGGACCCACUACCUCUAUCUCACUUGCAGAUUGCGGCUUUUCGGAACGUACGCACCUCCGAGGGUCACAGGCUGACACAUAAUUUUCGACCUGUUCAGCCACUAGCGGACAGGCUCGUUUUUCACAAUAUUCCUCAUCUUUACAAGGAAGAAGAUGAAAGUCAUGUAGACGAAGUACCAAGCAAUCAUCUACCUCAUGAGAUUACUCCCGAGUACGGACAUUCUGGUCAAUUUAAAAUUAAAGCCUCAUUUUUUACUAUCUCGAUAGCAUUUCUUAUUAGCUUACGGUAGCUGCAUUUGAAAUCUAGUCUCUCUUUUGUAAAGUUUCUCCGAUGACUAGAGAAAUCGUUUUCGCCAAGUUGCUUGUUAGCAUCUAGCCAACUGCUUAUCAAUUUUGCGAUUGCUGUAUGGACACUUAUUGUUUGAUGAUCAUUAAUGUACCUGAAAAGUCCCGAGACACAAGGUAUCGAUAGUAGAUAGAUAUCGUUAAUUGCAGUUGGACUGUGUAAAUGAUAAGCUUUCUAAAGCUCAUGUACGAAUGCUAUUUUGUAUUAAUAUUAUUUGUCUUUAUAAAAUAAACAGAUGUCAUGCUCUGCUA